UUAGGGGCUUCUGUUCAUCCUGCACCGGGACUUAGGCAGCGACACCUUCGCCGUUUUCUCAUCGCCGGUCAUCAUAGCAGAGCCUGUCUCUGGAAAUGGCUCUCAUGUUACGGCGCUUCAGGCAAAUUCCUAGGGUUUUGCCCUGUAUUUUCUCUGGUGUUCAUUAUCAACGAUCAGGGCAGCCAAUCAAUCCAUUUUCCACUCCUUUGCCUCAUGCAUGGAAAAAAGUUAAUGGUGGGCUUGUGGACAGAGGAUGCCAAGCUUACAGGGCUAAGUUUCCAAUGACAGUCCCUUGCAGGUUCUCAACAAUAUCGGAGUUAUCGCAUGAGUCUUGCCCUGAAGUUGAGAUUUUGCCUUACAUUGAAUGGGCUUUUGAUUCACUUGAAGGUCCUUCUCAUUGUUGGUUGAAUAAAGUUGAGGAAAGCAAGAAUUUCUCUAAGAGAGAUCGAAUCUUCUUAGUUCUUGCUGGUGUGUUUUGUGAAGAUUCUUUGAUGUUGGGCUUUGACUCUGUGGUUAUGUUUGAAAAGCUAAAGUCUCUUCAGCAGAGGUAUCCUCUUCUCCAUGUUAUGGGUUUCCUGUCAGGUUGUUCAAGUUUCUCGGGUGCUGAUAAAAGUCAUCUACUUCAGAUAAUCAUGAAGGAAUACAUUACAUUUCCUAUCUUAUUGUCCAACAAGGAUUUUUCUGAGAUGGCAGGUGGGGCAUGUUACAUUUUAUUUAAAGAGUUUAGAAGUCCUUUAAUUUACCACGAGAAGGAUGUGGAUGUUGGAACUCUUAAUAAAGCUGUUGAGGAGUUAUAUACACAGGAUAAGGGGGAAUCUGCAACGCUGCAGAACUGGAAAAGCAAUGGUUUGAAGCAAUCUGAUUCCACCAAGGAACCAUAUGUUGGUUCUUUGCAGAACUUACUUCUCUACUACCCAGGCUGCAUCUCUGUAGAUGAAAGUGCAAAUCGUUUGUUCCUGUCAGACAGCAAUCACCAUCGGAUUAUUAUAUUUUCCGGCAAUGGAAAGAUACUAGACUGUAUCGGUUCAGCCCCAGGUUUUGAGGAUGGAGAAUUUGAAUCUGCCAAGUUAGCACGCCCUGCGGCUUCAUUUUAUCAUGCUGAUGAAGAUUGUCUAUAUUUUGUUGAUUCAGAGAACCAUGCCAUCAGGAGAGCUGAUAUGGGAACAAGGGUUUUAGAGACACUCUAUCCACCAUGCAACACUAACAAAAAGAAAAAUGGAUUAUGGAGCUGGAUUGUGAAUAAGCUGGGAAUGGAAAAAGAUGCUGAUACAAAGCCAGCAGAAUUUGAUUCAGGAUUACUGAUGUUCCCUUGGCAUCUGAUAAAAUUGGUGGAUGGUGAUCUUUUUAUUAUCAACCGCAGCUUUGAAACUCUAUGGAUUAUGGCUUUGGCAUCAGGGGAGAUUAAAGAAGUUGUCAGAGGAAUUCCAAAGGUUUUGGAGAUUUGUGGAGAGAUGAUCAUGGAGAAAUUAGCUGUUUUGAAUAAGAUGCCACAUGAUUGGUUGCAGCAGCAAGUUGAUUCCAAUUUUUCUUUAGAGGGGAUUCCAUAUGCUGGCCUUAUGUCGUCAUUAGCAACCUUUCAGGAUGACAUAGUUAUUUGUGACACAGUUGCUCAGAGGAUUUUGAGACUGAAUGGAGAAUCUGGAGACUUUACAAACUUAGAGUUUUCCAAUUUUGGGAUCCUUGGACUACCCUAUUGGUUUUCCUUCCCUCUGGAAAGAGUUUGUGCUGUAGGUAAUCUUAUUCGUGGAGCAAAUGCUGAUCAUUUUCAGAGUUUCAGUUUUUUACCUGGCAAGAUUAAUAUACAGUUGAUGGUAGAAAUUCCUGAGGACACUGAACUUGUAGAACCCUUACAAGAUGGUUGUAUUUGGCGGCUGGCCAGAGGGGCUGCUGCUGUAGUCUCAGGAGUAGAGGACUUGGUGGCAUCAUCCGCGAAGGUUGGUGUUGCCCAGCAGUGGUAUGAUGAAUUGGAUAACCUUGCCUUUUUUACACCUGAACCUGAGUCAGAUGCUGAAGAGGAAAAUACAACUUUGGAUACACCCUUUCAGGAAGAGAAAGUUUGCAUUGAUUGUGCUGUUAAUACAAGUCCUGGAACAAGUGAGGUUGUCGUUUUUGCAGCGCUGUAUCUGAAACUGAAAAGGAAUCCAAAUUCACAAGAGAGAAACCCAGAGAAAAAUGCAGCAAGAAUAUUGAAUAUUUUGGAGCCUGAGAAAAGUGGAAAGAUAACAAGAGAAUCAUGCAUCCAGUUUCUGUCUAAAUGGAAUGAAGAUGUGGAAGACCUCAUCUUCAUGAAGCCUCUGCAUGUAAGAAUAGGGUUGGAGUCUCUUAGCCACCCAAAAGCCGAAAAUGCCAAAGAGACGGUGUUAACUGAAACCUCCAUCCAGGUCAAUGUAUUUCUUUAGCUCCUCAUUGCAGCAGCUGCUCAUCUCCAAUUUUGGUGAUAUUCCUUUUUCUUAGUGUUGUAACUUAUUCCUCAUAGGAGGCAGUGACUCCUUUCUUUUAGGGUUUAGAUUUGGUAUAUGGGAAUAAGCAUAGAAAUAGGAUAGGAAUGAAGGUGAAUUGUAAUAGCAUAUAGAAUAGAUGAAUCAAAAUUCUAAUGAGAGCGAGAUUUGGUUUUCAUCACAAUAAAUUUUUAAUUAUUAUUCC